AUGCGGGACAGGGAUUUGCAGGGAUUAGUGGUUUGUAACGGGGUGGGGAUGGGGGUUAAAUAUUGCCCCGAUAUGCGGGCCUGGGUGGGUGCGGGCCAUACCUGUGGAGGUGCAAGGUGGGAGGGAUCAUGCCUAGUACAGAAUCAAGUAGAUAGUAUUGAAAAAAAUGGUUUUGCCGUUUUGGCUGGCAUAGAAGCGGUAACACCCAACAGUAUCCUUGCAUUUGGCACAAUGAUUCCCAAAGUGGGACGGCUACAACAGUUUCAAAUUGAGGGGAGAGUAAAUGAUUUUAGUAUUGAUCUCAUACAUAGCUAUUCAUUGCUAUCUCCACGUUCUCGCAACCAAGCCAAAUUCUUCAACUCAUCUAUGGAUGACGAUGAUAAAAAUUUUGUGGCAUCACUUGGUCCACGAGGAGGUACAUACCUAAUGAAGAUUUAUAUUGGCACUCCAUCAGUUGAAGUUCUUGUCAUUGCAGACACAGGAAGUAACCUAAUAUGGAUACAAUGUUUUCCUUGUCCUAAUUGUCGCCGCCAAUACGCACCACCUUUUCAACCAAAUGGGUCCGACACCUACAAAAAAGUUCUGUAUGGCACAGAAUUCUGCAACUCUCUAGAUGAAUCGGAGCAAGGGGAUUUAAACCAUUGCUUGUAUAAUCAAACUUACGGAGACAAAUCAUAUUCAUUAGGUGUCCUAAGCAAUGAGACGUUCUACUUAAAAUCAAAUGCCAACAUAGAAGCUCCUUUCCCCAAAUUGGUGUUUGGAUGUGGUCACAACAAUCACUUGCAUUCAACUAACCCUCUUAUUCAAGGUAUAGUUGGUCUUGGAGCAGGACCAUUGUCGUUAGUUUCUCAAAUGGGAACUGAUAUUGAGAACUUCUCUUAUUGCUUACUUCCCCGAACGUCAAAAGCUUCUAAUAAACUUAAAUUUGGUGUGGGUGCAAGGAUAUCUGCUUCGAACAAAAUACUCUCAACUCCAUUUACACUUGAAAAGCGUCCUUCAUACUACCUUGUCACUCUUGAAAGUAUUAGCAUUGGAAACAACGAUAUAGUUAGAUCGGAGCAAACCCAAGGUAGCAUCGUAAUAGAUUCUGGGACAACGCUGACUAUGUUGGAUUCAAGCAUAUACAAAAAACUAACAGCUAAGGUUGUUAAAGUGAUUGGUAAGAGCUCAGUCGAACAUCCACCAAAACCAUUCACAUUUUGCUAUGAAGCAGACUCUAUUAGUAUUGAUGACCUCCCAGAGAUGACUUUCGGCUUUAGUGGUGGAGACCUUUUGUUAAAACGCAUCAACACAUAUAUCGAAUUUGAUAAAUUUAUGUGCUUGAUGAUAGUCCCAACAACUCGUCAUCAGAUUUUUGGGAAGUUGGCGCAGAUUGGUCAUGUUACAAAGAAACGUUGGAAACUUGAGGGUCUAAGUUGUAACAUGACUCAUCUAUCAAAAAUAAAAAGUGACGUUAACUCGGCUAUAUAG